UCUGACGAUUCGGUUUCUGUCGGCGUUUGGUGUGGGCACUCUGUACAGAUGGGAUGCUCAUGUAUGUUCGUUUUUGACACUACGCGAAUCGCAUGCAGAACCAUAAGAUAAAGGGGCUUGAUAGUUCUCGGCAGGAAUAACUGAACGUCAACCCACAAAAAAAGACCGCCUUUGCCUCCCCCCCGCCGUGUUUGUUUCUCCCCCAUUCAGAUUCAGAACAUUCUGCGAGUUUCAGCAUCAACACAUUGUGGCUUCGUUGAGCCUACUACUGCUAGCAAUCCGCGGCCGUCUGUCACCCCUAUUGGAGUGAAAUUUUUGAGAAUGACACUGCGCUCGUCGUUACGCCGGCUUCCGAUGCCGCCCCGGGGGAUCACCUUAGCGACAGUUACCGUGAUCAUUUUUCUUCACCCUCUCACCACCUCCGUCACAGCCACACCGGGGAAAUUGACCAAGACCUACCGGGACAUUGCGGAGGGUUUCUCGGCUGCAGAAGUGAAAAGUUGGAUGCAAGCGCGUGAGUACGGCACGUGCGCGCACAAGAUACCCCAAGCCGCCCUGCGCUGGGGCUGCAGCGAGGAGGUGGCAAACCGAAUCUGUUGCCAAAACCGGCAUUACGCCGAGUACGCGGGCUACUGGCAGAGCACGAUGUUUUUAGAGGACGUGGCCGAGGAGGUGGCGAAGGGGGAGCCCGUAGACUUUUACGACCCGGAAGACCCGACGAAGUUGCUGUUUCGCGCGCCGAUUGGCCGGACGUGGGGCGACUUUCUGAAGGAGUCGGAGCAGCACGGGUGGCCGAGUUUCCGCGACGCGGAGGUAGUUUCCGAGUAUGUCCGCGUCCUUCCAGACUCCGGCGAGGUGGUCACGCCCUACGGAACCCAUCUAGGACACAACCUGCCGGACCGAAAGGGCAACAGGUACUGCAUCAACCUGGUCUGUGUUGCGGGACAGCCCGAAAAAGACGCUGAAAAAAAGAGGGCUACUAUGAAGUCCGCGGCAGCUUUGAAAGGAACUGCGGGAGGAGCGAUCAGCAAGGAAGAGCUAUAUCAGUAG